AUGACCGACUAUUCAACUACGACAACGACUUCGUGCUCAAGAACAACUACUUGCGAUGGGGCAGAUACUAAAACGACAGAAACUGCAGGAGCGUGUUCGUUAUCGCUGGAUGCUGUAUUUUCCAGCGAUGCUUUUGCUGCUGGUACAAUGGUAUCCGGAACCUUGGUUCCAACGGUUCUGAUUCGUGAUGACUUGUUUUACGAAUUUGAAGUAUAUAACAUCUACGGUUGGGCGACAGACGGCGGCGACUCCUUACAUAACCAGGAAAAAGGCUGUGGUGCUUUAACAGGAUGGGAUUUUAUCGCCGCUACUUCCAGUUCAUCCGCAUCUGCUUACUUCAACCUGCCAUUCCUCAUCAAGACCGGCUGUGUCGAGCGCGCCAUCGUAUCAGCUGGUGGGCCUAAACUGUCGUGUCAGUACCAGGACCAUACGUACGACAAGAGAGACGUGCCGGCGUCAGUGCUACCCAGCUUGCGUCCGGAGACCGUGACACCCAACUACACGUACUCGACGACAUUCACGUCUGCACCUGCCUAUACACCGAUGACGUGGGGCCCUGUACCGAUUCCCGGAAGCGGACCAAAAUCGACUUCUGUAUCAUCCACUACGACGACAACAACCAGUUCGAGCACCACGACAUCUGUCACAGCUCCUGGGCCCACACAGUCAGGAAUUACCAGCAACUGUGAUCGGUAUUACGUGGUCCAACAAGGUGAUUCUUGUGCAUCCGUCGAAUCCAAGUUCGGCAUCAGUUUCGCCCAGCUCUACGCCUGGAACCCCGCCAUCGGAAGCGACUGGACCAGUCUCUGGCUCGACGAAGCUUACUGUGUCGGUGUUUCGGGAGGUUCCUCUACUACAGGCACUACAUCUUCUACCACAUCGCCGGCUGUGACAGCGCCGGCACCAACACAAUCUGGUAUCACGGGUUCUUGCACACAAUACUAUGUCGUGAAAUCCGGCGAUUCGUGCGGAGCGGUCGAGUCAGAAUUUGACAUUACAUUCUCGCAGUUCUAUGCGUGGAACCCGGCGAUCGGAAGUGAUUGUACGAGUUUGUGGGUUGAUGAGGCUUAUUGCGUUGCUGUGUAA